AUUCCAUUGUAUGUACACACCACAUUUUACCUAUGCAUUCACCUGUCAGUGGACGCUUGGGUUGCUUCCAUGUUUUAGCUACGUGAAGAAUGCUGCUAUCAUCAUGGUUGUACAAAUAUCUCUUUGAGACUCUGCUUUCAAUGCUUUUGGGAACACAUCCAGAAGUGGAAUUGCUGGGGUGUAUAGUAAUUCUACUUUUAACUUUUGAGGAACUGCCAUAUACUGUUUUCCACAGCAACUGUACCGUUUUACAUUCCUACCAACAGUGCACAAGGGUUCCAAUUUCUCAAACCUACUUUUAGAGAUUCAGUCCAGGUGCCUCCUCUUCUAGAAAGCCCUCAGUGACCUCUUCAUCCUGGGAUGGGUUCCUUUAAUGUGCUUAUACAACAUUUACUGAGCAACUACUAUGGACUAGGCUCUGAGCUGAGCACUUCAAACACGUGUUUGCAGAAGAGAUGGUUUCUACUCUCAAGGCACUCCCUGUCCCAUUACCGAUGAACACACGUGGGAUCUUCCUGGACCGGGGCACGAACCCCUGUCCCCUUCAUCAGCAGGCAGACUCUGAACCACUGCGCCACCAGGGAAGCCCUACUAAUUCCAUGUUUUAAAGUCACUUGGUAGGACAAGCAAAGCAUUUCCAAGGUCUGGGCUGGGAGUUUAUUGUUGCCCUGGGCUGAAAGUUUAUUGUUGAGUGAGAGUUAGUGCCAGAUACUGCUUGACCUGGGAUAUCUCGGGACAUCUGCCUAGAAAUAAGACCUAAAUCCCUGUACACGGAUAACUCACCUUGAGAGAGGGGUAGAGAGAGAGGAGCAGGUCCCUUGAAAACAUCUGCAUUUGGGGGUCAACAGAGAUGGGGGGUGAGCCGCCGGAGGAGAGAUGGCAGACUGUGGCCUCUUGAAGGCCAGAGGGAAAGAGUUUCAAGAAGGAGGAGGUGAUCAGUGGGAUGGAGUGUUCAAGAGAAGCCCAAGCUUGGGCAAUGCCAGGCUUUGGGGGAUCCCUGAGGGCCGGCUUAGGGAUGCAACAAAAGGUACGCAGCAAGGGGUUCAGAAGAGAGUGGGUGAUGGACGAGAGGAGGUGCCUCUGUCUUGAAUUUUGGCUUUUAGAGGAAAAAGAGCUGGAGAGAGGUCAGCAGAGGCAAGCGAUGUUUUCCUUUUUUUUUGUUUUGGCUUCCUUUUGUUUGGUUUAGGAUGGUGAAGUUUGUAUAGGCAGAGGAAGGAAUUGGUUGAGAAAAGGAAAUGAAAAUGCAGAACAGAGAGGACUUUUCCCCACAGCAGUUACUGCCCUUGGACGUACUGUAUAUUUACUGGCUGCCUUUACUAUCUGUUUUCCCAACCAGAAGAGAAGCUGUCCUAUUCACAGUGGAUCCCCAGCAGUAACCUGGCAGGGGUUAGACACUCGGUAAGUACUUUCCGUAUUGAAAUGAAUUCACAGCGUUCCUGCGGGUGCCUGGUGCGUAGGUCCUGGGAAGAGAAGGGCUCAUCGGAGCCCAAGGAGGGGCUUCUCUCUGAUACUGCCGUGAGGGGAGGGGGAGAGAAAAGGGAGUCAAGAGCAAGGAGAGGAAGGAGCUCACACCCACAUCUUCUCAGAAAAUUGUGUGUGGAGGGGGGGGUGUGUCAGGGAAAAUGGGCCAUGGAUGGAGAAUAACCCUGACUGUGGUUAUUCCCUCCUCUGUGUCUCUCCCGGAAGCCUCCCAGGCGCCUGGUGUGCUUCAGGAAAUAGCUACUUCUGAGUGCAGACAGGAAAGAUAUCCCCAGGGGUCUUGAGGGGUGAAGUAAGGCUUUCUGUGGGAGUUACCAUGCAUCCUGGAGCUGGCCCAGGUGGGGUGUAAGAGGUGGGCAGGGAGGCCCUUAAAACCAGCUGGGCCCAGCUCCUGCCUCUACUCCAGACAGAGGACAGAGAGAAGGUGUCACUGGUGAGGAAUCUCAUUCUGGGGGCUGCCUUGCCCGAGGGGGUGGGGUCAGGGCGUAUAGAGGGACGGGGCUGUGAGAGGAGACCUCUGGCCCCUCAUGGCCUCCCCUAGAUUUCGGGGAGGUCUCAGUAGCACCUUCUGUAUAGUGGGGGUUUGGUGCUGUUGAUCAUCUCCACCCAGGAGACAUGAACUGGGAUGCAGGGGGUGGUCCUGGGAGCAGGCGGGCUGCUGUAUGUAGACUUGGAGGACCUGUCUCUCCAGUGACCCGGCCACUCCCCGGCCCCCAUGUCUCCAUGCUUCUGUCAGGCUGUCUGUCUCCACUCUCCCCACCUCACAUUACCGCAGCCAGAGCUCCACUCCACAAUUAUCUCUUGGCCUCGCUCAUUCUCCUCCGUGGUUGCCUGAUAAAAAUAUCCAACCCCACAUCCUUCUGCUGGAAGCCUCCUUUGGGAUCCAUUGAUGGUCCACUUUCCCGGCCUCCAGAGCAGCUAUUUCAAUGCCUCUGCCACGUCCUCUGUGAAACUUCUUUUGUGCACCUCCUGACUCCUCUGUGUGGGACCUGGCACUGCUCCCUCACGUCAACAGCCAUGUCCCAAGAUGAUCUAAUGUGCACCUGGGAUUUUGGUUUUCUUCAGGUAUGGUGAAGGCAACAGAUCAGGAGACGAUUGCGUUUAAAAGCUAGUUUGUUACAGUUUCCAGGAGAAGGGGACGUACCACACCUAGCAGGGCCACACAGAGAAGCAGCAGGGUUGAUCAGGAGACAGAAGAAAUGAGGGAAAGCAUGGCCCAGAGCCUGCAUUGUGUCUUCUGUGGCUGAGGCAAGACAGGCCAGGGUAAACCGUUUAGGACAGGCUAGCUUGAAUAAUUUCAGUGGACUUCAGGCCGUAGGGGUGGUCCCCGGUGGGCUGGUCCCGGCCCUGGGGCGAUUUAGGCCAGGGGAAAUAUUGGCUGGGGGUGUGAAAUUGAGAUAGAGGAAGUGGUUGGGCAUGGGAGUUUAGGAUCGGUUGGUUUGCACUUGAAAGCCGUGUUCACAGGAGAGUGUUUUGCUUUAUCUGGGGAUUAGCUAGUCUUGGAGGGGCUGUCUCUUUCCAGCCCAGCAAGGUCCCCAAGAUGUUAAAGUGUCAUGAAAUAUAGAAAAUGAACAAGAUGAUUAGUACACAGGGGCUGUUCAGAAGCAGCGGAGUAGGGUCAGUCAAAGGAGCAGAUUCACGGUCCUGGGCUGAAUCCUUGGGCAACUCACUUUCCCUUCCUGAGGCUCCAUUUCUUCGCCGGUAAAGUCAACAACGGCUAUUCUCUCUUUCAAUAAAUGCCUGUUACAGGGCAGACACUGCCAGCAGGUUUCACAGUACCCACGUGUUAGGGUCAUUUGCAGGUUUAAGGAGACAGUGGACGGUGUCUGGCAUGUCUUAGGUGCCCAGUACAUGGUAGCUGGUGUCCUCCUCCUGUCACAGCUCCAGGAAGCAGUGAGGAAGAUUGGCUUGGAAGGGUAAGGUCUAGGGUCAUUUUCCUUGUCUGUUUAGAGCCCUCAGAGCGGAGGCUGUGGGCGGACAGAACCCUCAGGAAUGUUCUUGGAACUCAGAGGAGCUGCUGGACAAAGGAUGGCAUGGAGAGGCCAGCCCAGCUGCUGGGAGCCCUGGGGAGCUGGAGGUUGUGUGUUUGGAGCCAGGCCACAGGAGGUACCAGGGCCCGGGGCAGAGCUCUGGCAGAGUGACCACGGAACUCAGGGAUCAGAGACAGCAGGGCAUCGGAGUGGAAUCCUGGCAGACUAUAGGUCAGCUGAGCAGCUCUGGGUGAACAAGGACUUUGGGAUCCAGAGAGGAAAGGGAAGCAGGCAGCCACUGGUAAGGAACUCCUAAGAGGCCAAGUUAGAAUCCAUCACUGGCCCGAGACAUAAGGAAUUUCCCUUGCCUUCUGGGUGUGAUUGUUUUGGACUUGCGGCUAGUGAUUCAUGCGUUUGUCAAAGGUAGAUGCUGGGGAGGGAAGCUGGGGCCUCCAGGCCCAUGGGAUAGAGCAUGUGAAGGACCCUAGCCCGCUCCGCUCAGAGGGGAACACAUCCCUCUAGGGAGGGAGGAUGUAUGGGGCAGUGAGCGACGCGCCAGGCUUGGGUUGGAACGUCACCUCCACUUUUUAUCAGCUGUGUAACUUCUGGCAGGUUGUUUGAGCUCUCUGAGCCUCCAUUUCUGCACUGGCAAAAUGAGAACUGUUGGGGAGGAAGACAUUUUCUACCCUUCUAAGUUCUCUUGGCUGGUCUAAGAAUUAAAUUGACAUGGGAUACACUAACAGGAGAAAAUCAAACCAAAGUUUAGUAACACGGACACAUGGGAGAGACCCAGGAAAACUAAGGAACUCACCAAAAUGGCCCAAGCCCUUAUCUUAAAUACGAUCUUCUGCUAAAGACCAGAGAGGAUGUUGGGGGUAGGGGUUUGGGACUUCAAAGGGGAGGAAGGCAAUUCACAUAGAGUUGGAAAAGCAGAUGUUUGCUAUGCAAAUGUUUGCUGGGUCUGCAGAGACUAUGGAACACAGGGUCGACUCUGGUUUCUAGGCCCUGUCAAAUUUCUCCAGCCACAGCUAUUCCCGUAUUCCUUACAGAUACCUCUAUAAUAGUUCUGUGCCGGGAACAGAACCUUUAUCUAAAUUCUUAAGGCAGCUAAGGGAGAGGUAAAAAGAAAGGCUCCCCUAAUCUUCUGUUUCUUAAAAUUAAUCAGCCUAAAUUAAUCCUUAUGCCAAAGAGACACACUUUGGGGUUCAAAUUUUGCUCCCCUACAGAACAAUGAUACCUACCCUUCAGAGCUGUUGUGAGUACCCAGGGUUGACUUAUUUUUGUAGGUAGACAUGGUGCCUGGGGCCCAUGAAAAUGUUUUAAUUUUAAAUUCUUUUAAAAUCAGGAGAAAAAAUAAUAUAAUAUAAUGAACGUAUAAGAAUGAAUCCAGCCUGGAUUGUAUUUAUACCAACACAGCUGUAAAAUAUAAUUGAAAAAGAAUUUUCAGGAAGGAGCGAUUGUGUUGGGGGUAUUUGCCAUGGUAAAAUUCUCUCCCAUCUCUAAUGGGGACAACGACCCAGGGUGCCCCUCUCCUCCCAGGGACCCCUUGGGUCAACUCCUUGAGGUUUUUGCCUCAUUUUUCCAGCUGCUGUUGCCUGUUUACUGCCCAACUUGAGAGGGUGGGGCCUGGUGGGCCAUGGAGUGGCCCUCCCCAGCCAGGAGUGGGUCUGAAUGGGCCAUGAGGGCCUCUCCCGAUCGACAUGUCAUGGGCUGUGUUUUCUUUUCCAGAACCCUGGAGAUGAAGGGCCUCCUCACACUGGCUUGGUUCCUGGCUUGUAGUGUGCCUGCUGUCCCAGGGAGCUUGCUGCAGCUGAAGGUGAUGAUUGAGAAGGUGACUAGGAAGCCCGCCCUGAUGAGCUAUGGCUUCUACGGCUGUUACUGCGGCUGGGGGGGUCAAGGAACCCCCAAGGAUUGUACUGAUUGGUGCUGUUGGAUGCAUGACCACUGCUACGCGCGGCUGGAGAAAAAAGGCUGCAAUGCCUUGACACAGGUGUACAGAUACAGAAUUGCAUGCGGCCUGGUCACCUGUGGACGUGGGUCCCUCUGCCAGAUGCAGCUCUGCGCCUGUGACUGGCAUUUCGUCUACUGCCUGAAAAGAAACAUGAGGAGCUACAACCCUCUUUAUCAAUACUUUCCCAACUUCCUCUGCAUCUAGUCGCCUCAGUGAGCUCCUCCUGGACCAAGAUUCUUACACCCUCUCCUACAGCACAGAGCUUACCCACUCUGCUGGAAUGCCCAGAGAGGCUCCCAGGUCUGGGACCUCAUUCUUUCUUGAUGUUCCACUGGGCUCGGAGGAGGCCCACAGCCACACUUCAUCCUCCAGAGUUCCAGGAGAGUGACUCUAGUCAUUAGACUUGGCAAGGUCAGGGUCCCCGGCCUCCACUUGUGAGAUCAGCCGCUCUGGUGCCGAAAGCUCGCCCUUCACUCCAGGCCAGCUGUGUUUCUCCUCAUCCCUGAAGACAGCCCUGCUUCUCCAGGAGGGAGGCUUUCCUGGGAUGCAUUGACUUUUCAGUUCUGCAGUUGGGUUAUCACUACCAUCCUGUAGAGAAUUUUCACAGAAGUGGAAGCAAAAGUGACUCCAUAAUUCUGCCACAUAGAUAUUAAAUAAAAUUCCUUCUCAAGACUAAUAAUAACCACACAGGUAUUUCCCCUGCUGUGGAGGAUUGCCUGCACCUCUUUCUCUGCUGUUGGGGCACCAGACCCAGCAUUAACCAUGUUCCCUCAGAGGAAGAAGGUACAGAUUAGUAACUAGAAGGUUUCCUGGGAUGAGUACCAAGCCUUCUUUGGGGCUCAUCUCCUUAAACCUUGGGUCCACUCGAGCCAAGCACUGGACCUCAUUCUUCCUCCAGGGAGCGGGGAGAAGAUGAUUGGCCAUCGUGCCGUCUUGGGCUUCCAGACCAGAGAGCACUGCAUUUGAAUGCCAACUUGGCUUCUCCAGCUGUGUGGUCUCAGGCUCAUUACUGAACCCCUCUGAUUUCUGGUCUCUUUAAAAAAGAAACUGUAGGGCUUCCCUGGUGGCACAGUGGUUGAGAGUCCGCCUGCCGAUGCAGGGGACACGGCUUUGUGCCCCGGUCCAGGAAG